GCUAAUUUAACUGAAUUAAAAUCCUUUGGGUCUCCCCCAGCUGUUGUAACAAAUGUAACGGCUGCAGUGAUGGUACUACUCGCUACAGAUGGAAAAGUUCCAAAAGACCGCAGCUGGAAAGCGGCUAAAGUGAUGAUGGGGAAGGUUGACGCUUUCCUGGAUGCUUUAAUCAACUUUGAUAAAGAAAACAUUCAUGAUAAUUGCCUUAAAGCCAUCCAGCCUUAUUUGAAGAAUUCAGAGUUUAACCCAGACUUCAUUGCCACAAAAUCUAAUGCUGCUGCUGGUCUUUGUUCUUGGGUUGUAAAUAUUGUUAAGUUUUAUGAGGUGUUUUGUGACGUUGAACCAAAGAGGAAGGCUCUGGCUGAAGCUAAUGCUGAAUUAGAAGCAGCAAAAGAGAAACUUAGCAAGAUCAAGUCAAAAAUUGAGGACCUGGAAGGAACCUUAAAUAACUUAACUGCUGAGUAUGAAAAAGCCACAUCAGAAAAGCUUCGUUGUCAACAUGAAGCAGAAAAUACAACUCGCACAAUUGAAUUAGCCAAUAGGCUUGUUGGAGGACUGGCCUCAGAGAAAGUCAGAUGGAGCGAAUCUAUUACACAGCUGCGUGAACAAGAAAAGAUGCUGCCCGGAGAUGUACUGUUGACUUGUGCUUUUGUGUCCUAUGUUGGCUGUUUCAGUAAGCAGUAUAGAUUAGAUCUAAUGGAAAAGCACUGGCUUCCCUUUCUUCAGUCCAUGAAGAUUCCAAUUCCAAUUACUGAAGGCCUAAACCACCUAUCUCUGUUAACUGAUGAUGCUACUAUUGCUCAGUGGAAUAACGAAGGGCUGCCGGGGGAUCAAACGUCAGCAGAAAAUGCUACAAUUUUAAAUAAUUCCGAACGCUGGCCGUUAAUUAUUGAUCCCCAGCUUCAAGGAAUAAAGUGGAUAAAGAACAGAUAUGGGGAAAAGUUGAAAGUUAUUAGAUUAGAACAGAGAGGAUAUUUGGAUGUGCUUGAGCAAGCAGUGUCCUCGGGAUGUACAGUCCUGAUUGAAAACCUGGGAGAAGCUGUUGAUCCUGUUCUAGACUCGGUUAUUGGUAGAAACACAAUCAAGAAAGGAAGAGCUAUUAAGAUUGGUGAUAAAGAAGUGGAAUAUAAUGAGGAUUUUAAGUUAAUCUUACACACCAAAUUGGCUAACCCCCAUUACAAACCAGAAAUGCAAGCCCAGACAACAUUAAUAAAUUUCACAGUUACCAGGGAUGGGUUAGAAGAUCAACUGUUAGCCAAGGUUGUCAGCAAGGAAAGACCUGACUUGGAGCAGCUGAAAGCUAAUCUAACAAAACAGCAGAAUGACUUUAAAAUAAAACUAAAAGAACUCGAAGACUCCUUGUUGUCCCGGCUUUCUGCCGCCGAAGGUAACUUUUUAGGUGAUACGGCUCUGGUAGAAAACCUGGAAAUCACGAAGCGUACUGCAGCAGAGAUUGAAAUCAAAGUAGCUGAAGCAAGAGAAACAGAAGUCGAGAUCAACGAAACAAGAGAGGUCUAUCGACCUGCUGCUACACGAUCGUCACUCUUAUACUUCAUCCUAAACGACCUCAAUAAGAUCAACCCCAUAUAUCAGUUUUCUCUAAAGGCUUUUAAUGUGGUUUUUCAUAAAGCUAUUGAGCGAGCAGAUCAGAGUGAAGAUGUGAAACAGAGAGUAGAGAACCUUAUUGAUUGUAUCACUUUCUCAGUUUUUGUCUACACUUCCAGAGGACUUUUUGAGAAUGAUAAGAUAAUCUUUACAGCUCAAAUGGCUUUUCAGAUCCUCUUAUUAAACAAAGAAAUUAAUGUAUCAGAUCUUGACUUUUUGUUACGGUUUCCUGUUCAACCAAAUGUAAUAAGCCCCGUUGACUUCCUGUCCAACAUCAGCUGGGGUGGUGUGAAA